CGCUAUUAGACUCGGGACCAUUCCAUGGCCAGGUUCCGUCGGCUAGUGCUGGCUUCGUGCACCUUUAUCGAAUUGAUAGACGAGUGAAGGUCUCACCUACACUUGGAACAAACAUGCUCUAUGCCGGGAGAGUAAUGAGUAUAGGGCUGUCGCGACAAUCGCACAGGCUCUUCUCAACACAGGCACCCGAAGCCUUCCUUGAACCUCUCCAGUCUCACCUCGGUAUAACAUGUCUGUCCCUCAACAGACCACAGGCAAAGAAUGCUAUUUCAAUGAAAUUACUUCAUGAAUUCCGCGAAUGUUUAGAAACUGCCAAGUACGACAAGAGCAUCCGAGCGCUGAUAAUACGUUCCGCUACUAUGGGUUCCUUCUGCGCAGGUGCUGACCUCGCAGAGAGACGCACUAUGUCUCAAAUUCAAGUUGCGAAAUUCCUUUCUGACUUGCGUGCUGCACUUGGCCAAUUGGAAGCAUUUCCUGUGCCAACAAUCGCUGCAAUUGAUGGUCCCGCAUUGGGGGGAGGGUUAGAAUUGAGUUUUGCCUGCGACUUGCGUGUGGCCGGACAUGACGUGACAAAGAUAGGCCUUCCGGAGACACGCCUUGGGAUCAUCCCUGGAGCGGGCGGUACUCAACGUGCUGUCAGAUUACUGGGCAUGUCGAAAGCAAAGGUCCUGAUCUUUACAGCUAAGAUGCUGACAGCCAAAGAAGCACUUGAAUGGGGCAUAGUGGAUUAUGUAUCAUCUCCCUCUACAUCAGCCUUCGAACGGGCGGUCGAAUUGGCUCAAGAAAUAACCAAAAGCGCCCCAUUAGCGCUUCGAGCUGCAAAGCAGGCAAUUUCACGUGCAGCUGACCUCUCGUUGGAAUCAGGUCUUGACUUAGAGAGAGCGUCAUAUGAAGUUCUUCUACCUACGAAAGAUCGGUUGGAGGCUUUACAGGCAUUCAAAGAAAAACGACAACCUGUUUUCAAAGGAGAAUAGUCUUCUACAUUUGAUUUGGAGUGUGCCGCGUAUGCUGACUCAUAGUGCAACGAAUCGUGACAAGAUCAGGUAUAAUGUUCGCGCACACAUCAUCUAUAUAUCUACCGCGUCUGUGUUUUCAUUGAAAAUAUCAUUGGCGACACAUGGCACUUA